AUGAAGGUUGAAGCCCGCUUCUUCUUGUACAUCCUGCAGGUCGUGGAUUUGCCGACCGGCUCUGUGAAAAGCUUUGUGCUGGACAAUGACCCAAUCCCUCGAGCUAUGCUGUCAGUGGAUCCCACCUUUGCCCUGCUCAAGCAGAGCACACCGAUGUCAUUGCUGCUCGAGGCACGGAGGAGGUUGUUUGGGAGCGGGGCAUCGUUCACCCCUGAGCGCUUCUUGUACGAGAAUGUUGGAGAUGUGUCUCUGUUGGCGCCUUCUGAGAUGGAGGAGCAGCUGAAGCUUGCAGUGGAGGAGUUGAUGCGAACUCCAGCAGCCCUCAUGCAAGCUCUGUUGGACCACUCGCAUGGCAGCUACUCCCAGGAGCUGUAUGCAGCCGCGCGCCAGUUGGAACAGCGCUAA